AUGUCUGAAGUUGAAGAAACCCUUAAUAGAAUCAAAACCCAUAAAUCAGUUUAAGGAAUUGUUAUCGUUAAUAAUGAAGGUAAUAUUAUCAGAACCACAUAUGAAGGAGAUUAAAAAAGUUUAGGUGAAAAGAUUGCCAUUAACAUACCUUAAUUGGCAGCUAAGGCAAAAUCUACUGUCAGAGAUCUUGAUGAGAAUAAUCAUUUAGUAUUUCUGAGAAUUAAAUCUGAUCGUAACGAAAUAAUGGUUGCCCCUGAUAAAGAUUUUAUGCUUAUAGUUGUUUAAGGUAAAAGUGAUAAAAAGGAAGAUGCUGAUUGA